UGAGCAAUCCAAAGGCUUUAUACUUCUUCUCCCACUUUCUUCCCUUCUUCUUCUCAUGGCCACCGGUUCCGCCGCUCCCGUCUUCGCUCUGUUCUCCUCCAUCCUCGCGACCUCUGCUCGAUCCCCCCCUCUCCUAUCUUAUUCCCCUGAAUCCCUCGCCAUUGCCUCCUCCAAUCCGAGCCGGCCCUCGCAGCAGCUCCGCAAUCCGAUCGCUCGCCGGCGAGAUUUCCUCGCCGGGAUCGCUUUUGCCUCUGUUCUCUGGAAGGGGCCCUCCGUUUCGGAAGCCAAGGAGGUCGAGGUGGGGUCCUAUUUGCCCCCGGCCCCGUCCAAUCCGUCCUUCGUAGUCUUCAAAGCCACUGCAAAAGAUACUCCCGCUCUCCGUGCCGGUAAUGUGCAACCCUAUGAAUUUAUUCUCCCUCCAACUUGGAAACAAACACGAGUUGCUAACAUACUAUCUGGAAAUUACUGCCAACCAAAAUGUGCUGAACCUUGGGUGGAGGUGAAAUUUGAGGAUGAAAACCAAGGAAAAGUUCAAGUGGUGGCUUCUCCAUUAAUACGUCUAACCAACAAACCAAAUGCCACAAUUGAAGACAUUGGAAGCCCUGAGAAGGUGAUUGCUUCUCUUGGACCAUUUGUCACUGGAAAUACAUAUGAUUCAGAUGAGCUCCUUGAAACUUCAGUUGAAAAGAAUGGUAAUCAAACGUAUUACAAUUAUGUGCUUGAGACUCCAUUUGCUUCGACGGGGUCACAUAAUCUGGCGAAAGCAACUGCCAAGGGAAAUACUGUCAUUCUAUUUGUAGCAAGUGCCAGUGACAAACAGUGGGCGUCGUCUCAGAAGACUCUCAAAGCAAUGCUGGACUCAUUCCAAGUAUAACAUGAAAUCAGUGAUCCCUCAAAAAGAGUAAGAGAUGGAAAGAUGUCUACCAUCACAUCAUUAAUUUUUGUAUAUCCAGAUCACCUUUAAUUGUCUGAGAUGCGCUAUGAGUUUGGAUCUACUGCUAGAUCUCUUAUUGAGGGAACUGCAAUGAUCCCCCUGUACAGAUUUUGAUCUCAAUUUUCAACAGCUUUGGCUACAAGAUGGCACAAGUCCA